GUAUCAGCAGAUGUGCAUAAUCUCAGCGAAACUAGCGAUGAUGACAAUAUUCCACCGGCACAACCCAAAAAGAAGAGAGGUCCCAAAACGGAAGAAACCAGCCAGGAACCUUCCAAUAGUGAAAUUCUUCAAUUGUUAUUAUUACAGAAUCAAACAUUAUUGAAACUAGUGGAGAAAGGGAAACGGAACCAUGGUUUCCUCUAGUCAAGACAGUCUCCAAGGAAUACCGGAAGUACAAAGUCAAAGCAGAAGGCUGCCAGAUACUUCAUAUGGACUGUACCUCACCCUUAGCACAACACCACUUAAAUUUGAUCGCCUUCAGAAUAUAAAAGAUCAACUACCUUCCAUAUUUCCUCCAGAGAUAUGCAACAAAAUUACUUCCAAUUUACGAGACAGCUCCUUGGCCAAGUACCAAAAUCUCUUCAGUAGCUUUAAAGAGUUCAUACACAAUAAAUAUGGAAGUAACAACAAGUUCCCUCUUUUAUCACUGCUACUCUACUUUAACGAAUUAAUAGACAAGGGCCUAGCGUACAACACACUAAAAGGAUAUCGAGCUGCUCUUGGACCAGUUUUGAAGGGAUACUUUCCCAAUUAUUGUCUAGCAGAAGACAAGUAUAUUAAAGCUAUGCUGGAUGGAGUAAAUAGAAGAAGACCCAGCAAUUCUCAUCAAUUUCCAGGCUGGGAUCUUGAUAAAGUAGUUUCCUUCCUCAACACUACAAGAGAUGAUUCUAUGCUGCUUAUGAUUCAGAAGACCUUAUUCCUCGUAGCUUUGGCUUGCCCAUUGAGAGCUAACCAAUUUAAUCAUCUAUGUAUCUCCAGGAGCACUUUCACACCAGAAACCAUUGUGUUAAGGAACCACCCUUCCUUCAUGGCCAAGAAUCAGAGAAACAAUUACACUCCUAUUGAAUUCAGCUUUAGGUGUCACCCUACUAAGCCAAAAAUUUGUCCAGUUAGACAAUUAAACUUUUAUCUGAAGUACACAAAUAAAAUCUGUGCAGAAAGGAACAUAGAUAGGGAAGACCAUAUUUGGCUGGAUGAAAACUUCAAGAUCAUGUCCCUUCCAAAGAUGAGGCAGCUAUUCAGGGACUGUAUUUUCAGAGCUGAUCCCAAUGCCAGAAAACACUCCACCAAUUUCCACUCUAUCAGAGGUCAAGCAGCUUCAAGGAUGAUGUAUAAUGGUGUUACGCUGCAAGAGAUAAUGACUAGAAUGAAUUGGAAAAGCAACUCUGUAUUUGGGUCAUUUUAUGCUCUCCUCGGUCUACAGGGAGCUUUCGAUGCAGUCGUUGCAGGACUUCAUCUUCAUGCCCCCUGAAGUAUCGGGUGAGCAAAACCAGUGGGUCUGAAAGGCUGAAGCCUCUCUCUCUAGAACUGACAGUUUACUUGUGAACCUAAGUUCUGGAGAGAAGAGGCGAGGCCUUUCAGACCCAGGGUCUAGUUCACCCUCCGACCCUACCCCCGAAACCGAGGAGACCAUUCUGGAGGAAAUAAAGAAUUUGUAAAGUAACUACCUACAAAAGUCAACAGCUUACAUGUUUCUGAAGGCCAACCAUAACAUUUUUCAAUUAUUCAUAAAUUUCUUUAAGGUAUACUUAGACUCGUUUCCUUGCAUUUAGAGGUAAUGCAACUUUUAGGUAACAAGAUAGGAAUAUCUUGGAAAG